UGUGAUCCCGUUCUGCAUCGAAAUCAAAGUUGAAUUUGCUACCAGGCCUCUAUAUACUCUCCAUACUAUUCAUGCUCACGUGCCACGAGUUGCCGAUUUAUCCGAGGCUGCUGGGCGUAAACUUCACUCUUCCUUUUGGACCCUGCAUUCAAAACAUUCAAGUCGGUUUCAGCUUAGUGGGUACUCGAAUAUGCAGGAUGAACAACACAUUUACGGGAAGCCUUACCCCAAUCGGAACGCAAAAUUGGGCUCGAAAAAUGCCUUGAUAACUAGCUGAAAGUUAUCAAGCACCCGACCCUUCUCUUCCCCACCUUCUUUCUUUCUUUGCUAUUCCAUAAUACCGUUCUGGCUCUACGCAAUCUUGGUGGUUUCUAGUUAGUGGAGGAAUUGAAUAUGUCCACCCAGUUUGCUGGCACAAUUGCUCUAAUUAAUUCAUGGGCGAAUGUCUUUCUCUACUCCAUGGAAGUCACCCUUAGUGCCUAUUUUUUCCAGUGCCAUAAAACAAACCGAUACCAAAAAUUCAGUCUGGGAGGCUCGCUUUUCCUGGAUACUGUAUGCAGCGCAGUUGUGUGCUACUACACAUGGCUUCGUAUCGACGAUCCGAUGAUUGAGAGUUGGAGUCGAGGCAUCAUAACCAUACUCACCUACUUCGUAUCAGUCUGUGAACAAUUAUACCUUGUUCACCGAUACUGGAUUAUUGCUCGGAACAGAGUCGUCGUAUUCUUUGUCCUUCUCGGAGCCAUUGUUCAUUUAGUGUUUGGCUUCAUCUCCGGCCUUCUCUCCCUGGUCGUUCCUGGAUCCGUGCAUAGUUACGGGAUCCUUUCUCUCACAAUUGCAGCUGUUACAUGCGCUGCAACAGAUUUGCUGAUUGCGAUAAAUAUAUUUUACGCGACACGCAAUAUCGAUACUAUAAACCCCUCCACGCAGAGCUUGUUGUUUCGUCUUUCAAUCAUCGGGAUAAGCAGUGGGAUCGUUACCGCCACUGCGACUACUCUUAAGAUCAUCCUACUUUUCACGUCUUUACGAGGAUUCGCUUUCCUGUUUAACCUUGUCGGUCGGAUAUAUACUCUCACCAUAGUUGUCAACUGUAUCGCACUCGAGCGUCAAAAAAACGCGAGGGCCAGAUCAAUCGCUACCGAGAACUCGGAGACGCAAACCUCAAACAACUCGAGGAGUCUAGGCUCGGUCGUUUUGACAACCUUGGAUUCCACACAUUUACGAUUCCCGAGGACAACCGAAACAGAUACUGAGGUCCAGAACAGUAUCGGUAUGCGUUAAAAUUUGAAUGACUCGGCACCUUACUGUAUAUCUAUAUCUAUCGGACUCUGUUGAGGCUAUUUUAUUUGUUUUUCUGGCUUUUUCUUGCUUUAACUCUGAGUCGGU